CUGGGGUUCCACUUGCAAUUCUUCACCGUUCGAAUAAAAAAAAAAUCUCCAUCGUUUCUUCCUUACUCAGGUUUCUAUUCCCUCAGUCACAGCCACUGGCGAUUGUUUUCUCGCCGAAGUCAUGCCCUACGAGGAGGUUACGACUAGAGAGAGAAUUGUGGCGUGGGGGAGUCACUGAAACCGUGAAACGAAAGCUGAUUAUGGAUCUGGUCGUCGGCGCGUCGAGCGGCGCCGUGAAGUCGCUCGUCAACAAGCUGGGCACCCUCCUGGCGCAGGAGUACACCCUCAUCUCCGGCGUCCGCGACGACAUCCAGUACAUCAACGACGAGCUCGCCAGCAUGCAGGCCUUCCUCAGCAGGCUCAAGCGGGACGUCGCCCACGACGAGCAGCGUCAGGACUGGAUGAAGCAGGUGCGCGAGGUCGCCUACGACAUCGAGGACUGCGUCGACGACGUCCGCCACCGCCUCGGCGGCGAGCCCCGCGGGACCGGCACAGUUGUCUCCCUCAAGAGGACGUGGUACCUGCUCACCACGCUGUACCAGCGCUGCUGCAUCGCCACCGACAUCGGCAACCUCAAGGUCAGGGCGCAGCAUGUCAGCGAGCGGCGCACCAGGUACGGGGUGGAGAACCUCCCAGCAAACAGAAAUGGUGGCGGCAACAACAACUCCGGCGCUCCCGGAGACCAUCCAGCUCCUCUCCCCCGGCUGAUUGGCACCACUGAACCUGUAGGCAUGGACGACGCCAUGAACGACCUUCAAAGAUGGUUCAUGGUCUCAAAGCAGAACAGCCAAAUCAGUUACCUUGCUAUCGUCGGAUCCGGUGGGCUUGGCAAAACCACACUCGCAAUGUCAUUUUACCGCAAGUUUGGAGAUGAGUUUGAUUCCAGAGCGUUCAUGCUCGCGUCGCAGAAGUUUCAUCUCCCAACAGUUUUGAGAAGCCUUGUCAGCCAGUUCCAUCAGAAGCAGGUCAGCGCUUCUGAGGAUGCUCUUCACGGAAUUGAGGAAUGGGGAGUUGAAGCCCUCAAGAAGAAGCUCGCUGAUCAACUGCAAGGCAAGAGGUACCAUAUCUUGAUUGAUGACAUAUGGUCUGUAUCAGCAUGGGAAAGUAUUAGGGAUUCAUUACCUAAGAAUAAUAAGGGUAGUUGCGUAAUUGUGACUACCAGGUUUAACUCUGUAGCUGAAGCCUGCCGCCGUCAAAAUGGUCAUGUGCACAAGCUCAAACAGCUCGAUCCAGUGAACUCCAGCAAAUUGUUUCUUCAAAUAAUAUAUGCUAAUGAUCCGUGUCCCACUCCAACCAUUAAUGAUGAGAUUGUCGUGAAGAUGUGUGGUGGUCUGCCUUUGGCCAUAAUAGUAGUGUCAGGGCUCAUUGCUAGUGAACUGAAAUCAAAGAUUGGAAAGCCAUUGGAUCAGAAAUUGAUUGAGGUGGAGAAGGCUUUAAGGGCAGAGUUGGGAAACAAUCUCACCACAGAAGUAGUGCAGAUAAUUAACCACUGCUACAAAAAUCUGCCACCUGACCUUAAGACAUGUUUGCUCUACUUGAGUACAUUUCCAAAGGGCCGCAAUAUUAGCAGGAAACGAUUGAUAAGAAGAUGGGUUGCUGAAGGGUUCGUUACUGAGAAACAUGGGCAGACGGCAGAGGAAGUUGCAGAAGACAACUUCAAUGAGCUCAUUGGCAGGAACUUGAUUCGGCCUAUCAACAACAGCAGCAAUGGGAAGGUGAAGAGCUGUCAAAUUCAUGACAUGGUCCUUGAGUACAUUGUCUCCAAAUCUGGUGAUGAGAAUUUCAUCACUGUAAUUGGUAGCCACUGGCAGACACCGUUUCCAAGCUACAAGGUGCGGCGGUUGUCUGUCCAUAAAAGUGAUAGGCAAGAAACUGAUCUAGUAGAGAGGAUGAAGUUGUCGCAUGUCCGAUCUUUGACUGUGUUGGAGAGUUUCAAAGCUCUUCAUUCUACUAUGCUCAAAUUCCAGAUACUGCAGGUGUUGGAUCUUGAAGGAUGCAAGGACUUGUCGUCAAACCAGCUCAAGAAAAUAUGUAAUAUGCAUCAGAUGAAGUACCUAAGCUUGCGUGGGACGGACAUAUACAAGAUACCGAAGAAAAUAGGCAGGCUGGAGUAUUUGGAGGUACUUGACAUAAGGGACACGGAUGUCACAAACUUGCCUGCAUCAGUGGAGAGGCUUCAACGAAUGGUCCAUCUAUUGGCUGGCAAUAAAACCAAGCGGAGAGCAUUGAGAUUAACUGAAGGAAUCACAAAGAUGAAAACUAUACAGACACUGUCUGGGAUUGAGAUCUCUGGAAGGUCAACCAGGACAGCAGCUGGGGAGCAGGCACCAGUUCUUGAAGUCAUCAGAAAUGCUACAACCACCGAUGCCAAGGAUGGAGAUAUCGCGGGCUUGCAAGGUACCCGUAAGGAAGGCAGCAAGGUGGAUAUGCCAAAACAAUUGCGUCCGCUAGCAGCCUUGGAGAAGCUCACCAACCUUAAGAAACUUGCCAUUUACAGGCUUGUUAAUUUCCAAGCGAAAGAUGAUGAAUUGUUGCUCUCUGCUAUUGAGCAUUUGAGCAGUUGUUCUCUCAAGUUUCUUGCAAUUGAUGACAGUUUCACAGGCUUUCUUGACAGAUCACUGAGUUCUUCACAAGCACAACCAGAACACCUUUACACCCUUGAGCUUUCUGGCAGCUUGUUUAAAGUGCCAGAAUGGAUUGACCGCUUGCACAACCUUGAGAAGCUUACUCUGUCCAUGACUUCACUUACGACAGAUACUUUGGUGACUCUUAGUAGGCUUCCUGAGCUUUUCUCUCUCAUUUUUUCACUUGAUGCAGCAAAUGGUAUUUCAAAUAUCCUCAAAACUGUGCAGAAGAAUACAUUGGAGUCAGGUGGUAAAAUCUUUGUGCCGGAUGGGGGGUUUACAAAGUUGAGGUUGCUCCGUUUUACGGCACCAGUGCUACCACCUCUGAGCUUCCUAGAAGGGGCAAUGCCAGAGCUUCAGAGGCUUGAGCUGAGGUUCAGAAUCAUUGAGUUUGUAUACGGCCUGGAAAACCUUUCAAGUCUCCAACAGGUAUUUCUGACCUUUAGCAGCCAGGCACCUGAAGAUGCGAAAGAGAAGGUCUCUCAGAUCAAAGGACUGGCAAGCAAGAUUCGAAAGGCUGAUUCCUCCAACAUUAGUGUGGUGAUAGAUGAGUACAACGAAUUAUCAAAAGAACAAUAGAUUACCUAGUCAUGAUCUCCACAGUUGGAGGGAACCAGUGUGUUAUCGAUGUGUUGUACCUACUCCAUCUACAGUCUGUUUUUGUUUUAUGAUUUUCAGAUCUAUUUACAAUUUUUUGUACUGUUUUUUUGUUGAGCUGUGGCAUCUUUGUUUUGUCUGCUGUACUCCCAAAACUCUGCUAGUGAAAAAAAAUAUAUCUUCUGUUUUCCUAAGAAAACUAAUCAAUAUAAAGGUGUUUCACCAAUUCUAAUA